AUGCUCGGCAGAGGCGGUGAGGUGAUUCGUCUUCUCCCGAGCGCUUCCUCUUCAACGACAGCGAUCGCCUCGACGAGAGGUAUCGCCAAUAUACCAAGAUGGGAACGACAUAUCCGAUUCGAUCCAGCUGAAGGCCGCAAAAGACCAUGUCAAGAUGUGUUGGAUCGAUUUAAACGUUUAAACAAUGGAAUGUGGAUUCGGCCGGUCCCUGGAUGGCACAAACAACGAUAUCAGAAAGAUGAAAAGUGGCAGACAACGUCUAUGUACUAUGAGACGUCGACGAAAGACGAAUGCGAGAUGUUGGAUCGCUUGAUGACGCCAUAUUGGUUGAAACGACGGCACUAUCCUGAUGAUCCGUACAAAACCUACCACGUGCGCCACGAUCUUCGCUCGCCUCGUGUCGAUGAGAAAGGGAAUUUGCUGAGGGAACGUAGAAAGGUUCUUCUCGAGGACUCGGUAGCCGAUAAAUAUUUCCACGAUCGA